AUGGAUCCUCAGAUCCUAAAUGAGAUCAAGAUCCUCGGUCGAAUGUCACAGAAUCGCCACCGUCACGUUGUGGAACUAAUUGGGUCUUACGUGCAGGAGCAGCAAAGAGGUGGCUAUGAGAUUGGCAUGUUGAUCUGGCCAGUCGCUCACACAGAUCUUGCGGCGCUGCUUCACGAUGUUAAAGUUCUGUGGCAACAGUACUGCGAUGAUUUGAUCGACAGUGACGGUGACAUCCUGCCGGAACCAGCAAGCUCAGUAGUGGAGAGAAUUCGUACGGCGAUGGAGCCACUUCUCCCCCUCACCUAUCUGAAUAAGCACCACCAUCAUAUCAAUCUGGCUCAGGAGGUCCAGUCAAUCUUGUUCGGGAUGUGCGGAAUUCGUCUCAGGCACAGUUUGGGCUGCAUAGCCAAUGCUGUUGCCUAUCUCCACACAAACCGGAUCCGCCACAAGGAUCUCAAACCCUCCCAAAUACUCCUCUCACCUCAAGGUCUCUGGCUAACCGAUUUCGGUUGGUCUGCAGAUAUGUCCGAGCAUAGUACCAGCGUUACCAGUGGCGGUGAUCAAAUUACUGCCAAGUACCAAGCACCGGAACGAGCGAAUCGACAGCCAUGCGGACGGUCAGAGGAUAUCUUCUCUUUAGGAUGCAUAUAUCUUGAGAUCGCUUAUUGCAUGGCUUUAUUGGAUCCAGAUGUUCCACGUCCUUGGCUUCAAAAAGGGUGGUCAUUCCAGGCGAACCUGAACCAGAUGCAAGAGUGGAUGAAGCCCUUGGGUUACCCCAGAUAUAUACCGAAUCCCAAAUGGGACAGUCGUCAAAUUACCGUGCUCAUUAUGGAGUUACCAGUGCUUCUAAAGCCAAUGCUGGCAGCUGCUAGCAACGAUCGCCCCUCUAUCCAAGAUAUCGUAGACUCGCUUUCCACGCCUUUCGUCGAAUCGAGUGGGGCUACGUUUACCGGCGAGUGUUGUGCACCACUCAUGCGCAUCGAAAGUUCAUCAGAAGAGUCGAUGUCCGAGGAUUCGGACAACGAAAUAGGAGACACUAUCGCAGUCAUGCCGUACGACAAAGCAAAAUCCUGA